GUGACACCGGCAUUUUGAGUAGAACUAAGAGGGUGUAGUGAGUAAGACAGGAGUUGGUGUGCAUUGUCAAGGAAAAAUUAGUAGAACUUUUGAUUCAAUUACACAUCAUGUCUUGGCAAGCAUAUGUUGAUAAUCAGAUUUGUGCCGAAGUGUCAUGUAGAGUUGCUGCUAUUGCAGGAUUACAAGAUGGUUCUAUUUGGGCUAAAUACGAGGAUCCACAAGCCAAGCCGGUAACACAGCAAGAACUGAAAGCAAUAGCUGAUGGCAUGCGAUCUAACCCCUCCGCAUUUCAAGAGACAGGGAUUUACCUAGGAGGAGAAAAAUAUAUUUGCCUAUACGCCGAGCCCACUCUACUCAGGGGUAGGAAAGGUAGUUCUGCCAUGAUCGUUGUGGCCACCAACACAUGUCUAUUAGUUGCUGCCACUAUAGAUGGUUUCCCACCAGGCCAGUUAAACACAGUGGUUGAAAAAUUAGGAGAUUAUUUGAAACAAAAUAAUUAUUAAAUUAUAACUGGCUCAUUAUUAAAUUAUCUUCUCAAUGAAUUUGCUUAUCACAUGACAGUAUUUGUUUCAAGAGAUCUGCUCAACGAAAAAACAAGACAAAAGGAAUUUAUCACAAAAAAAUCGUUUGGUAACGAACGUUCCGGAAAAAAAAUAUAUACAAAAAAAAAAAAAAGUCACAACCUCGUAAUUAUUUCAAGUCAUCGAACCAAUGACACCAGAUUUGUAAGCCUCGAGUUUUGUACGCUUCUAUGUGGCAUCUGAAAUAAUUAUAUAAUUCGCUUCUUCUUCGCCAGAUUUGUGUGCUCCAAAGCACAUCUGUUUCUUUUUUUAUAUGUAGCUAGUCAAAUAUUUCCUGACAUAAUCUUUAUGUAUAUAUGUAUCAGCUAAGGAGACUGGCCAGAUUUAAUAAGAAUGUUUUUAUCUAUUACUGUUUAUAUUUAAAGACUUCUCCAUUAUUUGAAAUUGAAAUAAUGAAAGAAAAUCUCAUUUUAUUUUAAUAUUUUACUAAUUUAAUUGUUUUAAUGCCGACGUCGAAAGAGAAAAUAUUGAAGUUUGUAUGCAAUGGCCUUUGAUUUACUGUGAUUUAAAUAACUUGUGCAUGUCCAUUUUGAUACAAACAUACCUUUUGGUAUAUUGUAUAGUAAUGUUACACGCUCGCUAGUGCAUUUCUUUUCUUUUUUUUUCGCUGCUCGCAUUUACUUGUGACUGGAUGAUCUGUUGUAGAAAAAUGUAGCUGUGAAUUUUUCUAUGUCCUUCGUAAUUCAGCUUACAAUGUCUGGUCCAUUGGUGGUAUUCCUUUUCGUGGUGCCAAUGUUUUUUCAUGAUGGAAUCGUGUGUUAUGAGGCUUUGUAACAUUGAAUAGUUUUUGUAACUAACUGUUUUGGCAUCUUUUUAAUUAAAUCUGUCACUUCCGUA